UGGAGACUGCCCGCCAGACACUGCCGUUCUUCAGGGACAUGAGGGGCCUCCAUGGAGCCGCUGAGCACCUCAUCAGGACUGGGUGGAAGUUCUGGUACUUGGGGAUCCGCAAAGUACUUGUCCCCCUGCAGGCCGCCUGGGAUGCCUUUGCCCAGCCUGUCCCAACCAGUUGUGGCCAGUUGCUGACCCAGCUCCUCCUGUGUGGUUUCCUGGCUGUCGCUGCCACAGAUCUCCUUCGCCAUUGGCUGAUCUCUUCUCAGCUUUAUCCUCUGGGACCCUCAGCUGGGGUGACCACUGCCUGUGGCUGCCUGAUCUUCCUCAGCCUGGGCCUCAUGACCCCAGUCCGCUGCCUGUUUGCCCUCAGCGUGCUCACCCUGGGCACAGAGCAGGGCCGCCGGCUGCUCCUGUCCUACAGUGCUGCCACUCUGGUUGUUGCAGUGGUUCCAAACGUCUUAGCCAACGUGGGUGCAGUGGGGCAGGUGCUGAGGUGUGUCACUGAGGGCUCCCUGGAGAGUCUACUCAACACCACUCACCAGCUGCAAGCCAUGUCCAGAGUGCUGGGCCCCGCAGGCCAAGCAGAUGGCAGGGGCCUGACAUUUGAGGCCCAGGGAAAUGGCUCUGUCUUCCAGCUUCAUAUUCUCAGGGUCACUCAGCAUGUCCUGGAAGACUUCUCUGGCCUGGAGUCCCUGGCCCGGGCAGCAGCGCUGGGGACCCAAUGGGUGGCCACAGGGCUAUUUAUGCUGGGCCUCCUGGUGGAGUCGGCCUGGUACCUCCAUCACUACCUGACUGACCUGCGGUUCGACAAUGUCUACAUGACACGGCAGCUGGCUCAGCAGUUGGCAGAGGCUCAGGCCACACAUCUGGUCGCUCCUCCCCCCUCCUGGCUCCUGCAGGUGGUGCAGCCGAAGCUGUCCCAGGACGAGCUGCUGAGCUGUGUGCUGAAGCUGGGGCUGCUGGCACUGCUCCUGGUGGCCACAGCUGUGACGGUGGCCACAGACCACGUGGCCUUCCUCCUGGCUCAGGCAGCUGUGGACUGGGCUCAGAAGUUGCCUGCUGUGCCCAUCACGCUCACAGUCAAGUACGAUGCAUCUUACACAGUCCUGGGCUUCGUCCCCUUCCUCUUCAACCAGCCUCCGCCAGAGAGCCCGUGGGUGUCCUCGCAGCGCUCCUACCGGUGGGAGCUGCGCCUGGCGUCCCGCGGCUGCCCGCUGCUGCCCGCGCUGCGUCCCCGCGCCGCGGCCCCGCUGGCCGCGGGCGCCCUGCAGCUCCUGGCCGGCGCCACGGUGCUGCUGCAGACCUACGCCCGGCGCCUGCGGCACGCCAUCGCCGCCUCCUUCUUCUCCGCGCAGGAGGCCAGGCGCGCCCGACACCUGCUCGCCCGCCUGCGGCGAAGGCACAGCCGGCGUUGCGGCCAACCGCGGUCCCCCGGGGCGCCCUUCCACGCCCGGGCCCCGGGCCCCGGCCUGGGUGGACAGACCCAGAGCGGAACAAGAGCUCUGGGGUCCCACGCACCUCCUGCUGCCUCCCUAGGUAGUGGCCGUAGGUUGGCCACUGCACCUCUCUGAGCCUCAGUUUCUCCAUCUGCAUGAUGACUGUGUGAUGAAAAUUGUUGGGAUCUGCUUUCCACGUGGGAAUGAGCAAGGAGCCAGUGGGCAUGGCGGAGGGGGUGGGCGCAGGUGGAGUAAGCACUGGGACACCCACGAUCCUCUAGGCCCCAUCCGCAGCUGCUGCCUUUACCUGUCAGGUAGAGACGAAUUAAUUCAAAUUAAUUCAAAUUAAUUCGUCUGGAACUUGUUUGCAUGCCUCUGAAUCCUCUGA